GUCUUCGUAAGAUUAACAGUUGAAAAAGAGUUUUAAAUCUGUGAAGAUUGAUAAUCAAAUCGUUACUCUCUUAGUUCAUUUUUUUUCUUCAUUCGUUUUUUUUCUAAAGUUAUUUCUUUGUUAAUAUUCAUUGAAAACAAUGAAGUUAUCAACGGUCUUCGAACUGUUACUAAUUUGCUUGCUGAUAGCAUUUGCAGCUUACGGAAGAAUUAUAGAUCGUGAUGAUAUUAAUCGUCGACUUAUAAGAUCAACGUAUGGCCAAGAUAAGCAAGAUUUUCAAGGCAUUAGUAUCAUGUCUCUGAAACAAGCAACCGAAAAUGUCAAUAAGUACUGUGUUUGCAGUCAAAAUGUUUGCAAUUGCUGUCGAGAGUUUCACAUUUCUCUUGUUUCUACUAAUCGUCGAGGAUGUGUUUCUCUGCAAUACAGAGGUAGAAAUGAUUUAGCUGUUCAGUUGAGCUUUGGUGACAACAUCUUAACUAGUACUGUAAUUAAUGGUAAAAAAGCACGAGCCAUUUGUGUUCCAAUGCCCGGUGGUUAUUCAAAAUUCUGUAGUCGAAUUUACUCAAUCGAACGCGAGGAUGAUGAUCACUUUAAAGCAUGUCUUGGUUUGGAACUGCAAUCAGCUUCUGAAUUAGAAGCAUCUAUGCGUGUCAGUUGCUUUAGAUUUGGCUCUGAUGGUAUUAAACUUCGUCCAGCGGAAGAAUAUCCACCUGAAAUUGAAGUAAAACCUGCUGAAAAUGAUGAAAGCGAUGACGAUGAUGAUAUUUUCGGAUUGGAUGAUGAUGAUGAUGAUGACGAUGAAGAUGAUGAUACUCCAUCGAAAAAUACAGCAACACCGAUAAGUCAAACGGAAGAUGAUGAUGAUGAUGACGACGAUGAUGAUGAUGAUGACGACUAUACAUUAGGAUUUAGUGCCAUUUUGAAUUAUUUUGAGGAUGAUGAUGAUUCUUCAAAGAAAAAGACUACAACAUCUUCCCCUCUUUUAGCCUUCACUAUUCCAAUGAUCAACAAAAUUACAACAGAAUUACCUGCUACUAUAGAAAAUCACUCUAUCGUUCCAACGUUGAAACCUUCUAAAGGGGAAACCGUUACAUCAAGUUCAGAGAACUCGGAAAAUUUAGAUAAACCAGAAGAAGAAACAACACAUAAAUUACACGAUGAAAAUACCGAAACAUCUACACUCUCUGAUUCUGAAGUCACUGAAGCAGCUAUAGGAACAAGUUCCACUGAAAAUUUUUCAGUUGUUGCUGAAGAGUCUAACGAUGUUAAAUACAUAAUGCCAUCGAAAAAACCAUUUACUGUUAAUGAAAUUAAAGUUGGUAUAAAAGAAAAGAAACCUAGUAUUACGUCAACUAGUGUCAAUGCCAUAAAAAAUGAAAUCAGUAAGCCUUUUGAAAGUGUAAAACCCAAUUCUCAACAUAAUGAAAUAGAAAAUAGUCACAAUGAUAACGAUGACGAUGAUGAUGAUUUUUUGAGUGCUACUAGUUUAGAUGACAACGAUGAUGAUGAUUUUUUGAGUGCUACUAGUUUAGAUGACAACGAUGAUGAUGAUGAUAAUAAUAAAGAAACCCACUUAGAAGAACACAAAGAUGAUGAUAAAGAAGAACAUGAUGAUGAAAAACACCAAGAAAAUACCAGUAUUGAGAAUGAAGAUGAAGAAGAUAUUGUCGUUGAUGAUGAUGAAGAUGAUGACGACGACGACGUUAAAAUAAUUUCAGCCUUGAUUUCUGAUGAUGAUGAACAAAAAAAAGGAAAAGGAAAAACAAAAAAAGUUCAUCGAAACCGUAGCACAACUAAAAAACCAAACGAUGAAGAUUCAGAUUAUGAUGAUGAUCUUUUAUCACGAAAUUUGAAAGAAAGAAAAAGUAGAAAAAGACAAAGUAAAAUUUUGAGACUGCAAUAAAUAAAAUUUUUUCUACAAUUCAAUUUAUUUAUUUUAUGUUUAUAGAAAUCAUUAAUAUUAAAUAAUAAGA